AGGCUAUCCAUUCACUCAUCCACUGGAGCAUCCGUAAUUUGCGCAGGCGACAACGGCAUAUGGGAAUACAACACGGCGGGAUCGUGGUCACACCUGGCUCUGGUUCUGCAGGACACCGGGAGAACCAGGCACCGGGAGAACCCGGCACCGGGAGAGCCCAGCACCGGGGACCGGGAGAACCAGCCCCCCAGACCGGGUGGACUCUGCAGCCGACAGAGAGAGCGUGGCAUCCUCGGCACCAUCCGAGAAUAAAUCUGACGCCGGAGGUGACAACUCACAAACAUCAGAGCUGAACAUAAAAACAGCAGAAGGAGUUUGUUUGUGAAGAGAGCGAGAACACAUCAGCCUCCUUCUCAGUUUUACGGAUUACACAACAGCCGGAGAAGCUACAGUUUGCAGACGCUGAAGGAAGCGAGCUGAGGAAGACUAGAGCAAAUGGUGCUGAAGGACCUCCUACCCUGUCAGCCCCACUUCAAAAAGGUGGAGGUCACAGGAUUCCAGCUGACAUCAAGGAUUUGAGGAUUAACCAUACACCUGGAAAAGAGGGACUGUGCUUAUGUUUACUAUAAUGGCACCUGCAAGAACGGCCAAACUCUGCGCUCGGCUCUUCCUGCUGUUCCUUUGCUUGACACUACAUGCCGGCAUGCUUCAGUUCACCACAGCUACUAUACAAGGAUACAUUGGAGACAGGGAUAUAUGCCCAUCUGUAUGCAGGUGCGAUGAGGACUUCAUCUACUGCAAUGAUCGUGGCCUGAAUUCAAUUCCGUCACUGCCACCAACUGCAUCCAUCCUCUACCUUCAGAACAACCACAUAAACAACCCGGGCUUGCCCACCUCCUUGGAGCACCAACUUGCUAUCCGAGUGGUCUACCUCUAUGAUAAUGAACUGGAUGAAUUCCCUCUACAUCUGCCACCGUCCGUGCGUGAACUGCAUUUGCAGGACAACAACAUCCGCACUAUUCCUCGGAGUGCACUAGCUCGGAUGCCUUUGUUAGAGAAGCUCCACUUGGAUGACAACUCUAUUUCCACUGUCAGUAUUGAAGAUCAGGCCUUUGCUGACAACCCACGGCUGCGCUUGCUUUUCCUUUCACGCAACCAUCUGUCUAGUAUCCCCUCAGGACUGCCUGCUUCUCUGGAAGAACUACGUUUGGAUGACAACCGAAUCUCCACAAUCCCAACCCAUGCCUUCCGAGGACUCACUUCACUUAGAUGUCUUGUCCUGGACGGGAACCUUUUGGCAAACCAGCGUAUAGCUGAUGACACAUUCUCUCGUCUUUCUAACUUGACCGAGUUAUCCCUUGUCCGAAACGCUCUCCAGACCCCACCUGUAAACUUGCCCAGUGCCCAUCUUCAGCGCCUGUCUCUACAGGAAAAUGCCCUCACCCAUAUGCCACGUGGGUCCUUGGAUGGCAUGCACAGGCUACAGAGGCUGGACCUGUCCGGAAACAACCUGACCACCCUGCCAAAGGGACUGUUCAAAGACUUGGACAGCUUGGGUCAACUGUUGGUGCGAGGUAAUCCUUGGCACUGUGGAUGCAACCUGCGAUGGUUAUAUGACUGGCUGCAUGCCCGUGGUAACACCAUUACUGUGAGAGGUCUCACCUGCCAUGGACCUGACCGGGUGCGAGACAUGGCUUUGAUGGACCUGACCAGUGAGAUGGACGAAUGUGAAGUGGUGAGGACAGCAGGGACCAGAGACAGAGUGGGUGUAGGUGGACUAGAUAGCUCUACUACUAACACCCCUCCACAGGGCUCACUCUUCACCCUUCGCUCAAAACGUCCUGGAUUGGGGCUUCCUGACUCUGGUUUAGACUACACUCUUAGCAGCAGUGGUGUGGGGAAGAGCCUGGCCCUCAAUGUGAAGCCUCUCUCCCACAACAGUGUCCGUGUCACCUGGAGCGUGGCCCAGCCCAGCUCCUCUUUCAGGCUGAGCUGGCUGCGACAGGGCACUGGAAAUGCCAUGGGAUCGAUCACAGAGACGUUAGUCCGGGGUGAUCGUCGAGAGUACCUGCUUACCUCGUUGCAACCACGUUCGAGCUACAUCAUCUGCAUGGUGCCCCUGGCUGCCAGUUCAGAAAGCAAAGGGGCAAUUUCUGGAGAUGCUGACUCUGAUGAAGCUCUGGUGUGCGCUAAAGCUGAAACAUCAGACCAAAGCCCAUUGGAAGAGGAAGAGGAUAAAGAUUCACAGAAAAUUACAACAUUGCCAUUGGCAGGGAUUAUUGGUGGGGCUUCUGCCAUUGUGUCUUUGGCUCUUAUUUUUGGCAUCUUCUGUUGGUAUGGACAUAAGUCUGGGAAAUUGUGUUCCCGCGACCACUACACUCGCAACAGCUCUCGAAAAAGCAAGACCUAUGAUGAUUACAUUGAGUCAGGCACCAAGAAGGACACCACAAUCUUGGAGAUCCGUGGCCCCGGAUUCCAGAUGACACCAAUGGCGGCUUGCCAGCCAAUGCAGCCUAAACCCCUACGAGAGGAUUACAUCGUUCAUACCAUAUUCCCCUCCAAUGGCACUGGCCUGUACAAAGGUGACAACCAUGUCUCUAAUGCAGGACAUGGCACCAACCGUGGCUAUAGAGAAGGAGGAAUCCCAGAUAUAGACUACUGUUACACAUGAUGUACUGUACCAGAUCUUGUUCACAGUGUUAUCGGUGAACUGUAUAGAUGCACAAUUUCCCUUCGCAUGGACACUUCUGAAGCACCCCUCUGUGCCUUCUUCUUCUGGUCACCCAUUCCAAAUAACCUGCUGUCCAAUGCUCUGAAAGUACAGUAUGUGAGGAGCUGGAACUGAAAUCAUGUGGGAACAGUUCGCCGCAGGAAGCAGUAGCCAGCAGCCCGGUGUAAAUGCACAGCUGACCAUUUCUUCACCAUCUUAGUAAUGGCCUGUGUUUUUUUCAUUUUAGCUCUUCCCCUGUGACAUGUUAACAACGAAUGUAUCCACUGUGGUAUGGUCAAACUCAGCAGAGGUGCAGGUAGUCUUCUUCCUCACACGGGAGCCACAGGAGUCAAUUCAAAAUGGAUUAAGGAAUGAUGGAAAACAGACAUUGUUGGUAAUCAUUUCCUGCUCACUGAUCAUGCACAGUAUGUAGUCUUAUAAACUCAACGUCCCAAAUGCCUCAACUAUAUUGUUGCGCCCUACCAGCUACCCAAGGAAAGGGCUUUGUAAAGCUGUGAAUUGUUCUAUUUCAAACGAUCCAAUAACCACUUGUCUUAAAGUAGGCUUGUUAUUACCUUAUUCAUUAGUUGUCAAGUUGAAGAUCUUAUCAGGGCUGGUCAGCCUUGGUUAUACCUCUUAAGAUCUUUCAGUUGAGAUCAGUAUUGUAGUGUUGCAUCAGAUUAGAUGCAGCACAAGCGUGUAGAUAAUUUACUUAGAUACCGACUGGACUGUGUUUGAAAAAUGCUUUGCUAUUUUCAUCUGUGGUUUGUUUAGAAAUCAAAUCCUGCACAGCUCUCUUUAUUUAUUUAUUUUAUUCCUUAUGUGAUUUUAAUUUUUGUGUUUUUGUCUCUGCUAAAAUGUCUUCUUAGUUUUCAACCUCAUGUAUGUCAAGAAUGAAGAAACACAGCUUCGAUGAAGACAGUGGAUUUGGUUCAUCUAAAUAGCAAAAUAUAAGAAGGGAAGACAGUAUCCUGAUGCCUGCCUCCAGGUUUAUGUUUUCUGAUAUACAGAAUGAAUUCUUGAGUGAGACUGUGUAUAAUACGUAUGUAAUCCGAUAAUUAGAACUCACCCAAAGACAAGCAUGAAGGCCCACUGAGACGAUAGAAACCAACCUCAAUCCCUCUUUUCCCAUUUUGUGCCUGUGUGAAUUAACCUGUGACUUCAUUUGAUGACUUGCGGUUAUAAAAUGUUUCUUCCACACUCUUGAGGUGAUGACAGCGCUCACAGAGCAUCCAGCAUGGACAGAAAUACUAAUGUGGAGCCUCCCGUGUGAGGCAGACUCCUGUGGAUGAACCUUGAAAUGAGGGUGAAGACUGUAAGUGCAAGUGAGGAGACUCAAACCGCAACACUGUUGACCUGCACUGUGGGGCAGCGGCCAAGCUGUGGGUGGUUGGAUGGACCGGUGGAGUAUUUUGGAGGGGGCGUGACUUCUCAGUGAGCGGAGUCCAUUGAUGUUUGUUUUUGCAAAGGUAAAAGGCCUCCACUCAUGCCACCUAUUUUAUUACUGAGCAGCACUAAAAAUGUAAAUGUAUCAGCACUAAGCAGAGAACAGGGACAAAUGUAAUGACAGGCACAGGAAGACGGAGGAUAGAAGAAACAUCUCCAAGCGCUGAAAAAGAUACAGAAUAGAUGGCUGUGGCAAGGUGGUGUUCACACAUGCAUAAACUUGUUUUUCAUACUCAGCUUCUUCCCCUUGGGUUUAAUAUUGUCCAACAGUUGUUGAGGGGAAACCAGUUGUGCUUCCUUGACUGUGCUGCCUGCCAGAAUUUUACACUGGUCUCAGACAUGUCAGUGGAAUGUAUAUUUUAUCUGGCACCCAUCUUCACCGGCUUAAACAAACAACAUCUUAGUGGCCUGGCUAAUUCUGUUUUGGAGAAUGUUGAUAUUGUGUAAUUGGUAUUUUAUAGUGGGUCUAUUCCAGACACGUACUUCCUGAUCAUUUGUAUAAAUAAAACCAUGGCCACAGCUACAUGAAUAUUUUUUCUGGUCAAAAUAUAGAAAGUAAUGGUGCCAUAACUUUGCGUAAAAUAUUAUGUGAACCUGAGAUAUGUGUGGAAUUUGCUUUAUAAAUUCAUCUUC